AUGGUAUUCUAUAAAAUAACGCUUUCAAGGUCUUUGAUUGGCGUUCCUCAUACUACUAGAAGCAUCGUGAAAAGUUUGGGUCUUGGCAAGACUGGUUCGGUGGUAUACCAAAGAGUGACACCUUCAUGCGCUGGUGCGCUGGCUAAAGUCAAGGAGCUGGUCAAGGUCGAGGUCACUGAGCAAAAGUUAUCCAAGCAGGCGCAGAGAGAAUUGAGAAAAUCGAAUCCGGGGUUCACCGUGGAGAAGAGGCCGACUGCUUAA